AUGAAUUUUUCCCGGGAAGAACGAGAAGGAACUUUCGAGAAAAAAGAUGCAGAACGCAGCUGUGAAAUGCAAAGUGUCCCGACUACGGAUUCUUCCAAGCUUGUUAUGACUGAACCACUGGGAAAUAGCCCACGUAAUGAAAUCUUAUCACGAAAUGAUAGUAUGGCUCCCGCAAUAGGACAUGGGAAUGGGCGCGUAGAAACAACGAUAGUGAAAUUUCCUGACAGCUCUCGAGAGCUUUUGGCUGUUCAAAACCCUGCAGAUUCGGCACAUUACGGAAUUCCCGCUCCAGCAGCAGCUAGUCCGCAGGAAACAAUCAUCACCGUGGCAAAUGAUGAGGCAUCAGUGAGAGCAAAAAAUAAUUCUGUUAUUGUGGUUAACAUUUCCACCAAUCCCGUGAGACAGCGGGACAGAGACUUCAGUCAAAUCGAGAAAAGUAAUGUAGCUGGACAGAGUACUCAACCGCUGAGCGAACGUUUUGCUGUCAAGGACGUAUCGCCACAAGUUGCGAAAUCGCAGGUCACACCACCGUCUCGUCGCAAAGCCGCCACCAAGUGGCCUCGAAAUACUGAUGCUGUAGUCCCAGCAUCUUCACAAUUUUUCGAUAAUACCUCUCCGCCGCAGGGCGAUCACGCUACGGCAGACAAGCCUUUGCUAACAAAACCCCUGAACGGGCAAAGUUUGAGUUUCAGUAGUAGCACUAACUUAACAAAAAACAAUGAAGUUCAAAAACUGAGCACUAAAGGCACUGAAUUUGUAUGUCCUGAGCCCAUAGACUCUGGAACAGGUUCAGCGAAAUCCAAAUGCGACCCAGCAAAUGAAUCGCAGAAGAAUCUGGAGUGGAAUAAGUGCAGUUCUGAACAAGAUCCAGAGCAACAGAUUGAUCUGGAACAGAGAGAGGGCACUGCGCGAGAAAGAGUUGCUCCAAAUAAUGAAUCUAAACCAAACACAGUGCCAAAAAAUUCACUUCCAAGGACAUCGAGCGCUCCAAGAGAAGAAUCGCUCAUGCGAUUAAAUGAAUCCGGCAGCAUUCCUGAAAAUAAUGAUUUUAACGGAGAUGCUCGUUUUGAGAGAAAGCAAUCGCACCAUGGAAACUUGACGUCUGAACGAAGGCAGCUGGACGACGAUGCGGAAAGCAUACCAAAGGAAGAAAAGUCAACAACCUAUAGGUUUUCAAAAUCAGGCAUCAAAAGCUCCCUGCCUACAGCAGUGCAAAAAAGCUCAAUUGAUCGAAGACGAGUUACCUUAAUGCCGCCGUCUGGAACUUCCACCUCCAGCCAUACCGAUACCGAUGCUGACUUUAAACGGGACCUAAAACAAGUGGCCUCUGCAAUCGACACUAAAAAACAAGAUUCCGAAGACGAAGACUUGGCGCCAGCUCGACAGCAAGCAGCAGUGACAAUGCCUACUGCGGCUAGCACUAUCACCAAAAAAAAA